AUGAAAUUCGUCGUUGCUUGUCUCCUUGUCUCUACUGCCGCAGCUCUUCCUUUCAUCGGAACAGAGCAAUCAGUCUCUGUUACGGGAAAGCUCACCUGUAAUGGAUCUCCAGCUGAAAACGUCAAAGUCAAGCUCUAUGAGAAGGAAAUAACCCUCGACAAGCUUCUUGAUGAGAAGUUCAGUGAUCGCAGUGGUAAAUUCGAUAUGGCUGGAACCAAGAAGGAGUUCAGUACCAUUGACCCCCAAGUUAACAUCUACCACAAAUGUAACUACGAAGGAUUAUGCUUCAAGAAGAUCACCAUCAAGAUUCCAAAGAACUUCGUCUCUGAAGGAACUAGGGCCGAGAAGACUUUCGAUAUUGGAGAGCUCAACUUGGCCGGAGCAUUCUCUGGACAAACUACUGACUGCUUGAAUUAA